GCGUGCGUGGGAAACAAGGGCCCCGUCGAUCGGACGGAAGAAAGUGUGGUAUCGGAGUGAAACGUAUUUUCCUCUGGCCUAAGUCCUCUAAGUUCUCGCUCCACACGAUGGAUGAUAAAAAUUCUACCGGCAGCGGCGGAGGGGGCGGCGGCAGCAGUACUGGCGGGAGCGGGGGCGGUGGCGAAACGAAAGUGAUCUAUCACAUCGACGACGAGACGACACCGUAUCUGGUGAAGAUACCGCUCCCGGCGCCGCAGGUCACCCUGAAGGACUUUAAACUGGUGCUGAACAAGCAAAACAUCAACUACAAGUACUUCUUCAAGUCGAUGGACGCGGACUUUGGCGUGGUGAAGGAGGAGAUUGCGGACGACGCGACGAUACUGCCGUGCUUCAACGGGAAGGUCGUCUCGUGGCUGGUGACGGCGGACGGUUCCAAUCAGUCGGACUGCUCGGAGCUGCAACCGACGGAGAUGAUCGACGGGCGGCCCACGCUGGCGCAGCUGCGCAGCAUGAACAAGCCGACGAUCAACAGCAUGAUGACGAUGCCGAUGAAUCCGCUCACCUACCAGUCGGCGUCCGUCGUUUCGAGCGACCUCGACUCGACCAGCCUGUUCGAGACGGAGAGCGAAAUUACGCUCGAUCGCGACAUGACGGAGUGUAGUAGUGUGCAGCGGUUGCAGGUGCGCAAGAAACCGCAGCGGCGCAAGAAGCGGGCCCCGUCCAUGUCCCGCACCUCGUCCUACAGCUCGAUCACGGAUUCGACAAUGUCGCUCAACAUCAUCACGGUACAGAUCAACAUGGACACGGUCAACUUUCUCGGUAUCUCGAUCGUGGGUCAGUCGAACCGGGGCGGUGACGGUGGCAUCUACGUCGGUAGCAUCAUGAAGGGUGGCGCGGUGGCACUGGACGGCCGAAUCGAGCCGGGCGACAUGAUUCUGCAGGUGAACGACGUAAACUUUGAGAACAUGACCAACGAUGAGGCGGUGCGGGUGUUGCGCGAGGUGGUGCAGAAGCCGGGCCCGAUUAAGCUGGUGGUCGCCAAGUGCUGGGACCCGAACCCGAAGGGCUACUUUACGAUUCCGCGCACCGAACCGGUGCGGCCGAUCGAUCCGGGCGCAUGGGUAGCGCACACCGCCGCACUCCGCUCGCAGGACACCAUCAAUACGGACCUACCGGAGUCGGUGCUGGAGCGACUGCACGCCGACAUGGACAUGAAGGAUAUUGUGCGCGCAAUGACCAAGCCGGACAGUGGGCUCGAGAUACGGGACCGGAUGUGGCUAAAGAUUACGAUCCCAAACGCGUUCAUCGGUGCGGACGUGGUCAACUGGAUACUCGAGCACGUCGACGGCAUCGGCGACCGGCGGGAGGCGCGAAAGUAUGUGUCGCUGAUGCUGCGGCGGGGUUAUAUCAAGCACACGGUCAACAAGCUGACGUUCUCGGAACAGUGCUACUACGUUGUCGGAAACGGCAUCCGGCAAGACAUCUCCAAUAUGUCCCUGGACGACACGGAAAGUAUGCUGAGCGACAUUGCGCCACUGCCGAACCCGCCGAUUUACAUGACGUACUCCGGUAACUACAACCCGUCGCACGGCUAUCAACCGAUCCAGUACGGGUGCACCGGCGAGCGCCACCCGUCGUCCGGCUCGAGCAGCUCCGACAUCCUCACCAGCAAGGACACGUCCGCGUCGCAAAGUGACAUUGCGGCCGUCAUACAGCAGGCCAACCAGAUGACCAUUGCCAACGCGUCCAACAAGUCGUCCGGCUCGUCGAACCGCGGUAAUGAGCAAGACAUUUCAGCACUCCGUUACGGUGACGGCAACAGCACUGGAGACUUUAAGACAACGCGCGUGGGCAGCGGCGUCGGUGUAGGAGGAGGCGGCGGCGGUGGCAAGCUGAUCAGCACGAACGACGACGAGGGAUACGAGGACAGCAUCUACUUCCAGCACCAGCCGAUUCCGCCGCAGCAGCCGCAACAGCAGACCACCCUGCAGCAUCAGCAGCAGCUUCAGCAACUUCAGCAGCAGCAACAGCAGCUUCAGCAGUCGUUUGGCCGCACCGGAGGCCGCAAGGAACCGGGACACAUUUACAACAAUCAGUAAAUGGGAUGGCACCGGCAGCAGCAGUCGAUGGUGGCGGGGCAUCACGGCCUAGGCUGGGUCUUUCGCUGGGCGGCGAAGUAAAAGCCAAAAUAAAAUUUAAACAAAACGGAAUGAGACGCUACCCACGGACGGGGCUCACGAAGACGACGGAAGACGGAGACACAUCACUUGCGGCGCGGGACGACAUUCGUCCCGUGUGCCACGCCCGCCAAGAGGUGACCACAGCGCGGUGUAUGUGCGCGGAAACGAAUGCUAUCGCAAACUAUUGGAAAAGCAGGGAAAACACAGAGAAUAAGUUAGGAAAAGUAUAAAACAAGGUAAAACACUAACGUAACGUAUGUCUGUAUGUGUGUGUGCGGGGAUGUUGUGUAAGUAGAGCGAGCAAAAGGGCCGGGAAAAUGAUAAGAAAAGCGAAACCCAGAGAAUGCUUUUAUUUGGUAGUUCCACUGCAAUAUAUAGGAUGAUGGACGGCGUUUGGCAUACAUCAUCCAGCACACAGGGUCCGGCCAGGGCACACGGCGGUGCAUAAUUGUUGGUGUUCCUCUCGGGUGCCAACAACGCAGCCACAUCCCGGCGAGGCAGGCAGCUUAGGACCCGGACCCAGUUUUCCCUUCUUUCCCGUUUGGCUUCAUUAGCAGGUUCUUCCGAAGGAAAGGAAAGGGCCCGUUUUUGUAUGUCGUCCUCAUUUCACUUCCAUUGUGCAACUAGCGGGCAGUUUGUGAUCUUGUGUCCUCGCUAAGUUGUGGUCACACUGCUCCGUAAGGACAUUUUAAUCGCAUUUUUAAGAUCGUGAAGUUUUUGUUGGCCCCGCCCUGUUUUUGGUUGCGAUAGCGCAAGCAACCGUCUUGGAUUCCGUUCUCUUCCGAAACCAUUGUAAAUGUGUUUAUUAUGAGUACUAUUAAUAUUAUUAUUACUACGAUUAUUAUUAUUACGCGAGUAUCGAUUAUUUUAUUGGCAAAACGGCAACAAAUAUAUAUAUAGAUAUUUUACAAAACGCUAGAGUAUUUAUACCGGAACUGAACUGCUAAGCUAUGUGUGUGUCUGGGCGCGCGCGCGCGCGAGCGAAUGAUCGGGGAAGGACAGAACGUAUGAUCUUAUUGCAUAACGUAAUUGGAAAAGGGACAGUAGAUUUGAUGUUGAUGAUGAGCGGAGGCAGUUCGAAAAGGAAACACAGAAAACAAACUAUAAGUUUAAGCAAAUUAUACGAGUAGCGCGAAGCAGAACUAAAACUAAAACUGGAUACAUUUAAAACGUAAGGUAAUGAAAGGGAGGAGCCGAUCAAUACUAAAACUGUGUCAGCGAUCGUGAUCGUCACUGUGCGAUGCGGGGCGUGCAAGAUGCACCCCGAAAUGCUUCCGCUUUUCUCGGAUGGACAAGAGAAAUGCCUGCAUCGCACGGGUCACCGGACAAAGCGCGGCCAUUUGUCUCACUAAUUUAUAAACUCAAUCGACGAUGGUGGGUAAGAUGAAAUUUGCGAAUGAAUUUUUGCCCGUAAUCUCGGCCGUAUCUCUCACGUAGUCGCAGCAGUUUGUCGCUGUUCAGUCGCAGCAGUCCAGGCGCGAUCACGAUCAAGAAGUAGCCCGAUACCGGAUAGGAGUAGCACGUAGGGUGACCACAACGCAACAGUGCGGCCAAAUUUCUACACUCACGCGCGCUUGGGUGUACGGCACUGGCCGGCAUGCCGGUGCGAACACGACGGAGCAACACACUAAUGGUGGGAUCAAAACGGGACAGCACAGCCACUGCGAACAUUGCGAUCAAAUACGAAUUUAUAUUGAGAAGGAAACAAAAUUGAACAAUAUACUAUUGGCGCCAACCACGGAGCCCACGUGUGCGGCAGGGGUUUGCGGCACGCGGCGUCGUGUUCUGUGUAGUAAAGUGUGGGAAUUAA